CUUAUUGCAAAAUUAUUAGGAAAUAGAAAGGUUCUUUGUUAGGAAUUUCGCUUUGUUUUUCCAAUAAAUGUGAAAAAAUAAUAAUUAUUAUAUUAUUUAUUACUAGUAAAAUAACUAGUGCUUACAAUAAACACUUUAUCGACGUCAAAUACCUGUUAAGUUGGGCGUGAGACUUAUGAUAUAACAGUGAUAAGUCAUUGCGUAUAUAAGAUGAGUGAUACGAAAUCCUUCGUAAGUUUCUCUUGCCAGCGAUGUUUGCAACCUUUGAAGCUGGAUGAAUCUUUGAACAACCUGGGUGAGCACACUAUAGCUGAUUUGACCCUACAAAUCCGAAGGAACACUGAGGCAGAUUUAGAUUUACAAUCAUCGAGUUUAGAACACUAUGUACCUCCGUUUCGGAUGUCCGAAUCUGGUAAUGGAGCUAACGGUUUCAUGGUUAUCUCAGACGGGUGGGAAACAACGUCUCUAGGCCACCAAUUGCAUGUUAAAGCCACUUUAUUCGACUUAUUGUCAAACAAUUCAGACGUAGACCAUCCUCUAUGUGAUGAAUGCACUGAUACAUUACUAGAAUUAAUGGAUAACCAAUUAAGACUCACUGAGAACGAAUGGAAAGACUAUACAGACUAUCUAAAGAAGUUAGAAGAUGAUAAAGAGGAUUUAAACCUCGAUGGACUUGAAAAAGAACUUGAUGACUGGAAACAAGAACAGAACAGACUCUUACAAGAGUUAUCAGCAUUACAGAAGGAGGAAAAGGCUAUGAAAGAUGAGAUAGUAGUUCAAGAGAAAGAGAAGGAGAGAUUGGAAGUCGAACAGGAUAUUUAUUGGAAGGAAUACACUAGAUAUCGUAAAGACUUAAUGACUACUGAAGACCAGAUGAAGUUUUAUGAAUGCCAACUAUCAUACACACAAGCUCAAUUAGAAAAGCUUAAGAAAACUAAUAUAUUCAAAGCAACGUUUCAUAUAUCCGAUUCAGGGCAAUUUGGUAUUAUAAAUAACUUCAGGCUCGGUCGGUUACCAACAGCCCCUGUCGAUUGGUCGGAAAUCAAUGCAGCGUGGGGACAAACCGUCUUACUCCUCUCUUCGUUAGCACGGAAAAUUAAUUUCCAUUUCCAACGAUACAGAUUAGUGCCGUACGGAAACCAUUCUUAUAUAGAGAUAUUGGAAGAUCAGAAAGUCUUGCCUUUGUAUGGGUCGUCUGGAUUCCGUUUCCUUUGGGAUACAAAGUUUGAUGCAGCGAUGGUAGCUUUCUUAGAUUGCUUGCAACAGUUCAAAGAGCAAGUUGAAAAGGGUAAUACAGGGUUUUGCUUGCCAUACAGAAUAGAUACGGAUAAAUGGAAAAUUGAAGACACAGCAUCCCCACCCCAUGCUUAUUCAAUCAAAAUACAGUUCAAUUCUGAGGAACAGUGGACUAAGGCGCUGAAGUAUAUGCUUACUAAUCUAAAAUGGGCCCUAACUUGGAUUUCUUCUCAAUUCAGUGAAGACAAAGUAGAGGGUUGACCCAAACUUAUUUAUACUGUGAUAUUCUGUUUUAUUGUUCUUAUUUUUAAACAUUAUUGUUAAUUGUAAAUAGUGUAAAGUAUGUACUAUAAUAAUAUUAUCAAUGAAAUACUGAUUGUUAACAAAAAACU